CCCAGAGGAUCCAGAGGAGCCUGGUUCUGACCACGAGCCCAACCCAUUUUGGGGAGAGGUAGCAGCGGCGACUCUCACCAUCGCCAUGCACGACGCUUUCGAGCCGGUGCCCAUCCUAGAGAAGCUGCCUCUGCAAAUCGACUGCCUGGCUGCCUGGGAAGAAUGGCUUCUUGUUGGAACCAAACAAGGACAUCUUCUUCUCUAUAGGAUUCGGAAAGAUGUUGGUUGCAACAGAUUUGAAGUAACUCUAGAGAAAUCCAAUAAGAAUUUCUCCAAAAAGAUUCAGCAGAUCCAUGUGGUUUCCCAGUUUAAGAUUCUGGUCAGCUUGUUAGAAAACAACAUUUAUGUCCAUGAUCUGUUAACAUUUCAACAAAUCACCACAGUAUCAAAGGCAAAGGGAGCAUCGCUCUUCACCUGUGACCUCCAUCACACGGAGACUGGUGAGGAGGUGUUGCGGAUGUGUGUGGCAGUAAAAAAGAAGCUACAGCUCUAUUUCUGGAAGGACAGGGAAUUUCAUGAAUUGCAGGGGGACUUCAGUGUAUCAGAUAUGCCCAAGUCUAUGGCCUGGUGUGAAAAUUCUAUCUGUGUAGGUUUCAAGAGAGACUAUUACCUAAUAAGGGUGGAUGGAAAGGGGUCUAUCAAAGAGCUCUUUCCAACUGGAAAACAGCUGGAGCCCUUAGUUGCACCUCUGGCAGAUGGAAAAGUGGCCGUGGGCCAAGACGACCUCACUGUGGUGCUCAAUGAAGAGGGGAUCUGCACCCAGAAGUGUGCCUUGAACUGGACAGACAUCCCAGUGGCCAUGGAACACCAGCCCCCCUACAUCAUCGCAGUGUUGCCUCGAUAUGUGGAAAUCCGAACGUUUGAGCCACGGCUGCUGGUCCAGAGCAUUGAAUUGCAGAGGCCACGUUUCAUCACCUCAGGGGGAUCAAACAUUAUCUAUGUGGCCAGCAAUCAUUUUGUUUGGAGACUCAUUCCUGUCCCCAUGGCAACUCAGAUCCAACAGCUUCUCCAGGAUAAACAGUUUGAAUUGGCUCUGCAGCUCGCAGAAAUGAAAGAUGAUUCUGACAGUGAAAAGCAGCAACAAAUCCAUCACAUCAAGAACUUGUAUGCCUUCAACCUCUUCUGCCAGAAGCGCUUUGAUGAGUCCAUGCAGGUCUUUGCUAAGCUUGGCACAGAUCCCACCCAUGUGAUGGGCCUGUACCCCGACCUGCUGCCCACAGACUACAGGAAGCAGUUGCAGUACCCCAACCCCUUGCCCGUGCUCUCGGGGGCUGAGCUGGAGAAGGCUCACUUAGCGCUGAUCGACUACCUGACGCAGAAACGAAGUCAGUUGGUGAAGAAGCUGAAUGACUCUGACCACCAGUCCAGCACCUCCCCACUCAUGGAAGGCACUCCCACCAUCAAAUCCAAGAAGAAGCUGCUGCAGAUCAUCGAUACCACCCUGCUCAAGUGCUACCUCCAUACAAAUGUGGCCCUGGUGGCCCCCUUGCUGCGCCUGGAGAAUAACCAUUGCCACAUCGAGGAGAGCGAACAUGUGUUAAAGAAGGCUCACAAGUACAGCGAGCUAAUAAUCCUGUAUGAAAAGAAGGGGCUCCAUGAGAAAGCUCUACAGGUGCUAGUGGACCAGUCCAAGAAAGCAAACUCCCCUCUGAAGGGACACGAGAGGACAGUGCAGUACCUGCAGCACCUGGGCACAGAAAACCUGCAUUUGAUUUUUUCCUACUCAGUGUGGGUGCUGAGAGACUUCCCAGAAGAUGGCCUGAAGAUAUUUACUGAAGAUCUUCCAGAGGUGGAAGCUCUACCCCGAGAUCGAGUGCUUGGCUUCUUAAUAGAGAAUUUUAGGAGUCUGGCUGUUCCUUAUCUGGAGCACAUCAUCCAUGUGUGGGAAGAGACAGACUCUUGCUUCCACAACCGCCUGAUCCAGCUGUACUGCGAGAAGGUGCAAGGGCUGAUGAAGGAGUACCUCCUGUCCUGCCCUGCAGGCAAAACCCUGGUUCCUGCUGGAGAGGAAGGCGGGGAGCUGGGAGAGUACCGGCAGAAGCUGCUCAUGUUCCUGGAGAUUUCCGGCUACUAUGACCCAGGACGGCUCAUCUGUGACUUUCCUUUUGAUGGCCUCCUAGAAGAGCGAGCACUCCUGCUGGGGCGCAUGGGGAAGCAUGAGCAAGCUCUUUUCAUCUAUGUCCAUGUCUUGAAGGACACAAGGAUGGCGGAGGAGUACUGCCACAAACAUUAUGACCAAAGCAAAGACGGCAACAAAGAUGUGUAUCUAUCGCUGCUUCGGAUGUACCUGUCGCCCCCCAGUAUUCACUGCCUUGGGCCAAUGAAGUUGGAGCUGUUGGAACCACAAGCCAACCUCCAGGCUGCCUUGCAGGUCCUUGAGCUGCACCAUAGCAAGCUGGACACCACCAAGGCCAUCAACCUUCUCCCAGCAAACACUCAGAUCAAUGACAUCCGCAUCUUUCUGGAAAGGGUGUUGGAAGAAAAUGCACAAAAGAAACGGUUUAAUCAAGUGCUCAAGAACCUCCUCCAUGCUGAGUUCCUGAGGGUGCAGGAAGAGCGGAUUCUGCACCAGCAGGUGAAGUGCAUCAUCACAGAGGAAAAGGUGUGCAUGGUGUGCAAGAAGAAGAUCGGGAACAGUGCAUUCGCAAGAUACCCCAAUGGAGUGGUCGUGCACUACUUCUGUUCCAAAGAGGUAAACACAGCGGACACCUGAGCCCAGCAUCCCAGAAUGCAGCAGUGGACAGCUUGGCUACACCAGAAAGGCGAAGGAGCAGCCAACCUGAGAAUCAGGGUGUCACCCUGCUUUGACAGUGCUGGCUACCUUGCACCCUGGAACAUCUCUGACUUAAAUAGACUCAUGGUCUGGCCUUGCCAGCUUUUUAAUAGAAAAAGAGAUUAGUUGUACCUUACGCCAUUGUGUUGCAGGCAGUUCCAGAGAAUCCAUACCCUCCUGGACAGGAGACCACCGUCUUGCCUUUGCAUACCAUUCACCUGGCAAAGGAGACUCCUCCCAAAUGUCUCUGCCACCAAGUUGUUCGCUGAGAGUUUGUUGUUAAGAUGAGUGCACAGUCACAGUCUGCAGCAUGACUGCUGCCUGAAGAGUCCGCGGGAGGAUACCAGAGCCCCUCCAGCAGUGGGAAAGGAGUGGCUGGUUGUCUGUGUAGUGCCAGUGCUGUCUCCACAGCAGCUGGGCACCCCGAAGACUCCCUGCUUGUCUCUUUAGUUGUCACUCUUUUUACUUCUCACAAUUUACUCCCCCUGUGGUCCCCUUUGUCUCUUCCCUCAUGGCACCACUCAGAGGCUUCUCCACUCCGAGGAUACCAGGAUUAGCUAAUAUUUAAAUGAAGUAAAAUAGAGGCAAGAGGGAGUGGGUUCCCAGGAACACACUGACUGGUCAGGCAUGCUGUCACUAGGUCCUUUUGGCUGUGUGCUGUCUGCCCAGAAGCUUAUGGAUGCACCAUGUGUGCCCAGAAAAGGACUUUGGUGCCUGCCCAUGGUGGCACAGCAUAGCUUCAUGGCCUCUGACAGUGUCCUGUAGAGGUGCCUGUUCCUGCCACACUCCUCAGCUACUCAAGCAGGUCUGUCAGCCGUUAGAAGAGUCCUCUGAGCUUUGGAUGCCUUGCUCUGUUCCAGUGGGUUUUUGCCCUCUGGUCUUGCACAACGGCCUGGCCAUUACUCCUUGCUUUAUUCUGUGAGGGUUGGAGGAGGGCACUGGGAUGGCACAAGGAGGAGGAUCCCUGGCACACCGGGACCAGCCAGGUUGAGAACUGAUAGUGACAUGAUGCCAGCAUGUUUGUGAAGUGUCCAGGGACAACAGAGCAAUGCAAGCAGCAGGCAGGGGCCUGUGGGUCUACAUAGGAACUCUAGCUGUUCCGCUGGGCCCAGGAGGAUCCUGCCUGCCAGAGAUAUGCAGGUGGAGCCUAGCUUUAUAGGCAGCAAAGGUGGUGACAGCACCCAGCACUGAUGCUGCCUGGUAGCCUGGCCUUGACAUACUAGGGCCUUGGUAAACUCAGCACGUGUUGCGCUAUGGGCUGACUCACUAGGCAUGAGUGGACCAGGCUGCCCAGGGGAGGCUCUUGCAGAAGUCAAAAGAGACCAAGAGAGAACAUGAGUAGCAUUCACUUGGGGCCCUUGCUCAGAUCUGCGAGCCCCAUGGAACAGCACCACAGCCACCGAAAGAAACAUGGCUGCCAUGGCCCAGCAGACUGCUUCCUCCAUGAAACACCUGAUGGCCCUGUUGCAGGGCUGGAACUUCCCUGCCUUCCCGGCCUGUUCCGUGUCUUCCAUUCUCAUGACCCGUGUUUGACACAAUAAGGAGCACACAGCCUUUACUAUGUGUUCCUUUUCCACAGUUUUCUAAAACUCCACUCUUCCCCAAAAGAUAACCGCGCUGUAACAAGACUAGUGGAGGUCUCUUAACGCGCAUAAUAAACAUGACCAAGCAAGAAGC